CUGUGCUGUGCUCUCCUGAGGUCGAGCGGAGGUGCUGUUAACGGACGAGUGUCGGGUACCACACCAGUCAGAGACAUGUCACAGGAGGUCACUCUGGAUCGGCUGGGCCAGCGGCCCUUCCAAACCGCCUCUGGCGAAGCCAUGUGCUCGAGCAUGGUGCGCGGCAUUGACCACCUGCGGGACCCCCGGCUCAACAAGGGCAUGGCGUUCACUCUGGAGGAGCGACAGCGGCUCGGCAUUCACGGCCUGCUGCCGCCGCGCUUCAAAACUCAGGAGCAGCAGGUGGCCCUCUGUAUGCGUAACGUGGCGCGAUACGACGAAAACCUCAACAAGUAUAUCUACCUGAUGGGACUGCAGGACCGCAACGAGCGCCUGUUCUACCGCCUGCUCGCGGAGAACGUCGAACAGAUGAUGCCGCUCGUGUACACGCCGACCGUCGGGCUGGCCUGCCAGAAGUUUGGGCUCAUCUACCGGCGCGACCGCGGCCUCUUCAUCAGCAUACACGACAAGGGACACAUCUACGAAAUUCUGAAAAACUGGCCGGAGCAGGACGUCCGGGCCAUCGUGGUGACGGACGGAGAGCGAAUCCUCGGCCUGGGAGACCUGGGUGCCCAGGGUAUGGGCAUCCCGGUGGGGAAGCUGUCGCUGUACACCGCGCUGGCUGGCAUUAAACCCAGCCAGUGUCUGCCCAUCACGCUGGACGUGGGCACCAACAAUCAGAGUCUUCUGGAUGACGAGGACUACAUAGGGCUGCGGCACAAGCGUGUCACCGGAGCCGAGUACGACGACUUCAUUGACGAGUUCAUGCAGGCCGUGGUGAAGCGCUACGGCCAGAACACGCUGAUUCAGUUUGAGGACUUUGGCAACCACAACGCGUUCCGCUUCCUGGAGAAGUACCGCAACAAGUACUGCACGUUCAACGACGACAUCCAGGGCACAGCGUCGGUGGCUGUCGGCGGCAUGCUGGCCGCCAUGAGGAAGCUGAAGACGAAGCUGUCUGAACACACCUUUCUCUUCCUCGGAGCCGGAGAGGCGGCUCUGGGUAUCGCCGGCCUCUGCGUCAUGGCCAUGAUGAAGGAAGGUCUCUCCUCUGAGGAGGCGCACAAGAGGAUCUUCAUGAUCGACUCGCGUGGUCUGAUCGUCAAGAACCGUCCGGCCGGCGGUGUGGUGGGCCACAAGAUCGAGUUCGCGCAGGACAUGCCGCCCAUGAAGGAGAUUGCAGAAGUGGUGGACAGGGUGCGGCCCACCGCCCUCAUCGGCGCCGCCGCCCAGUCGGGAGCGUUCACUCCCGAAAUUCUGAAAAAGAUGGGCGAAAUCAACAAGGAGCCCAUCAUCUUCGCGCUGAGCAACCCGACCAGCAAGGCCGAGUGUACGGCGCAGCAAGCGUACGAGGCGACAGAGGGCCGCGCCAUUUUCGCCUCGGGCUCUCCGUUCGACCCGGUGACGAUCAACGGUAAGACGCUGUACCCUGGCCAGGGUAACAACGCCUACAUCUUCCCGGGCGUCUCGCUGGGAGUCAUCUGCACGGGCAUGCACCACAUCAGCGAGGAGGUGUUCCUCUACAGCGCCGAGGCGCUGUCUGAGAUGGUGACUGACGAGGAUCUGGCCCAGGGCCGGCUCUACCCCCCGCUCAGCUCCAUUCAGGAGGUGUCCAUCAAGAUCGCCGUCCAGCUGGCUGAGCACGCCUACAAAACCGGCAUCGCGUCCCUGUACCCGGAGCCCAAGGACAAGGCGGCCUUCAUCAGGGCCCAGCUGUAUGACUACCACUACACGAGUCCGCUGUGUGCCACCUGGGAGUGGAAGAGCCCCGAGGACCACAACGGGGCCGUGUGAGCUCACCGUGCUGCCAUCUGACGAACAAAAGGACAACUGUAACCUGACGGUGCGGCCGCCGAGCGGCAGCACACGGGGACUGUGUUCCUGAACCGGAGUGAGAUUUGCUGACGAAUGAUGGUGAGAGUGGGACAACUGACUGGAUGUAGAGUGCGAAGCGAGCAGUGCUGAGUGGGAGACUCCCAGCAACAACCGACGCUGGUUACUGGUAAUGGUGGGACGUGUCAAUGUUUACUGGAGCCAUAGGAUGGAAUAUAUUUUACCGUCACCUUCACGACGGUCAAAGCGUUACGAAUUACGAUCAUGCCCCUUUUGAAGCUCGUUUAACCCGCGCCCGGCUGGGGGUCCUGGAUUUCCACGCCCUGCUGGGGGGGGGGGGGUGUUUGAACACCCCCCUUCUAACUCGGCUCCUGGGCCACGUAGCGAUACGUGGAAGGCAGCGUUCGAAAGAGCGUCAAAAAUAAUGAGGAAAUCAAUUCGGUCAAUUUUUUGGUCAGGUCAAAGGUCAGGUCACCAGAGGUCAUUGAAGGCAAAAUUUCGCUGAUUUCCAGGUCGAAUGUCGACAAUUUCCAAGAAGCCAACGCAUAACUCGGGAACCAAUUGAGCUACAGCGCCGCGGAAAAGCGCAUUCGAUAGCCCUAUUAACGCCCUUUCUGAGUAUUUCUCUCAGAUUUGACCUAACGUCAACGGUUUUGCCUGCAGGGGGCAAAAACUGCAAAAAUAGCCGAUUUUUUCGAAAACAGUUUUUCUGCAAUAACUUUUGACCCAAGCCUUGUGCGAGCUUACUUUUACCGGCAUCGUGUUCCUCUCGUCAAGACGCAUCGAAUGAACUAUAACUUGACCUUGAAAGGUCAACUUGAAAAUUUGACCUCAGGUUAACCCGCGCCCUGGUGUGGGUCUGAGCCACCUUCGCCCUGGUGGGGGGGGGCCAAAAUGACCCCCCCGUCUAACUCGAAAACGAAGAGGGCUAGGAAGACGCGGAAAAAAGCAAACGAAAGCCCAUAACAAGUACGUUCGAAAGUAUUACGGUCAUUUUUUCGCUAAGGUCAAUAUUGAGGUCGCUAGAGGUCAUCAUAGGUCAAAUUUCAGUGUUUUCGGUGUUGCCGGACAUAUUCCGCUGUAGCUCGGAAACUAGACGAGCUAGAGAGCCGCGGAAAAAAGCAAUCGAUAGCUCUUUUCAAGCUCUUUCGCCAAGGUUCGUCAGAUUUGACCUCAGCUCAACGGUUUGGCCUACAGAGGUCAUGCAAGGUCAACUUGGCAAAUUUCGUUGAAAAUGUUUUUAACUAUAGCAUGCAUUCACGAGAAAAUAGAGAAACGAUUCAUGCACCAUCGUGCUUGGCUCGUCGAGACGCGUCGAAUGAUAUAUAGUUUGACCUCGAAAGGUCAUUUUGAAAAUUUGACCUCAGGUCAAGGUCAUGACCUUACCGAAAUAGGUCAUGCUGCAUAUCAUUCGAUCCGCAUUGACGAGACAAACACGAUAAACGUCGAACGGAGUCUCUAUCUCUAUUCAAUAACAAGUAAGUGCAGAAAAACCGCUGGUGACCUCUGGUGACCAGGGAGAUGACCUAGCGUGACCUCAGCGAGGUCACAAGCAAAUGGUUUCACAUGGGCUGUGAUUUGCUGACCCAAGACACUUCAAUAACGAAAUAUAGGAACAAUCACGCCCGAUUUAGCUGAAAAACAACUACUUUUCGAUUCUCCCAUUGACUUAUAAUGGGGAGCAGCGAUGACCUGACCUGACCUUAGGUCACAUUUAUAAAAAAUCCGAGAUAGCCAUUUUGUAGAGCUGGGUGAAAUCUUCAAGUACUGUAAAUUUUACAUCGAUCGGAUAAAAGCUGUGCCUUUGAGAGAGCUUUGAACUUUUUUAGAGGUGGUGUCAGUUUUGGUGACCUUGUGACCUGACCUGACCUGACCCGAACCCGCCAAAAAAGGACAUGAUGUAAAAAUGUUGAAUAAACAGCUAUACAAAGUUUCAGGGCGCUAACUCAAGUGGUUUCUGAGUUAUCGCUGAAAAACCACAGGGGGGGGUCAAAAUGGCCCCCCCCCACCAGGGCGAAGGUUAAGGUCAUGACCUGACCGGAAAGGGUCAUGUUGUAUAUCAGUCGAUCCGUAUCGUCGAGCUGAACACAUCUAAGGCGUUUUCAUCGCUCUAGCAUGCCUCUAUCAAAAGUUAUUUGCGAAAAACUGUUAGAUACCAUUCGUGACCUUAGUUGACCUCAGGGCAUAAACAGGGGUCACGGACACCAUAUUCAUGUUCAGUGUGUCUAAACCACUUGUAAUUCAGUGUUUGGGAGUGUUUAUAAUGUCAUUCGUCCAAAAGAGGCGCAUUUCAAUUUUCUCCCAUUGACUUAUAAUGGGGAGGUCGCAAAAUUGACCUGACCUUAGGUCAUCGAUAUAAAAAUUCUGAGAUAUACAUUUUGUACAUGCUAUUGCUCUUAGCAAUCGCUGAAAGUUUCAAAGCGAUCGGUCACUCGGUGUAGCUAUGACAGACAUUGAAACUUUUUAUGAGGUGAGGUCACUUCAAGUAACCUGGUGACCUGACCUUGAAUGACCUUGGUCUGAAAUUUUCACAAGAUGUAUAGAAUUGAUGUAUGAUAAGGUGUACCAAAAACGGUGGCGCGUAGCGCCGCCGUUUUUGAGAUAUUCGCGAAAAACCACAAGGGGGGUGUUCAAACACCCCCCCCCCCCAGCAGGGCGCGGGUUAAGAGUGAUCUUCUUUCAAGUUUCAACUGAGAUGGAUUUCUCUUUGUACUUUAUCUUAAUUUAAGUUGGUUGAAGGUGUAUUUUUAAAAUUGUACUCAUAAUAUAUUAUCGUAAGCGCGUCCCCUCGUAGUGGUGGCAUGUAUGUUUUGCUCGAGCUGCGAUUAUAGCAUAUUAUCGUGGUGUUAACUGACUGAAAUGUAAAUUUGUUGGUUGUACAUGAUGAGCAAUACAUGAGAGAUGAGUCAUAUUGCGACACAUCUGAGCGAAU